AGCCGUCCGACUCGACUGCCAUAACAGGUAGCCUGAACUUCCGGCAAUAACUGAAAAUCGCUAUUUACCGACGCUUCUUAGGGGUAGGGUUGCAUGGCGAAGGAAGCAUCUAUGCGAAAUGAAGAGAAGCGCCAAUAACAACCGUGAAAGCGGCCACUCAAGUCAUUAAUCCGCCAGAUUUCAUAGUUAUGGUGCCUGACGCGCGCAGUUCGAAACCAGAAUUGUUCCUGAACUUUCAACUUUUCUAACGUCUGGCUUGCCAGACAGAGACCAGAAAGAUGCUAGACCAUAGAGACUGCCCAGGGAGAGCACCACUUGCAUCCCACCAGUAAUAUGAUGGCUUUCGGUUUAAGUGACGCUCUGCACCGCUGUUUUGCCGCAGCUCUGUAGCCGAUCGGCAUGGCGUCGCUAGGUGAGAGACCUAUUUCCGGUGAAGUUGCAGCUUUGGUCUUGGUAGCAGCUCUCUGGGGAGGAACCAACCCAUUUCUGAAAAGAGGCACUGAGGGGCUAGAACAAGUGAAAAAGAAAAACUGGAUACUGCAGCUUUUGGCUGAAAUGAAAUUCCUUUUUCUCAAUUACAAGUAUGCAGUUCCAUUGGUGCUCAACCAGUGCGGCUCGCUCGUCUAUUAUAUUACCUUGGCUUCCACAGACCUGACCUUGGCUGUGCCUCUGUGCAAUUCUUUGGCUCUGAUGUUCACAGUGACGACAGGGAGGAUGCUUGGAGAAGACAUUGGCAGCUCACGUGCUGCACUGGGGAUGCUGCUGACUGGCUUGGGAGUGGCUCUCUGCAUAGCUGAAUCUGUGGAUGAGAAACCAUAAGGAGAUGGUGAUUGAGACAUGGCUAAUAAUGACCAAGGGACAGGAAGCUCUGGCUCCACUCCUGGCAGCUUAUGUGGUGGAGGAUCUUGCCAGAGCAUUCAAGGACUUGUGGGAAUGUAUUUUGUUCCUCCUUUCCAGAUGCUCCUUAGAGCUCUUAUCUGACUUGCAUAGAGCCUUGCGGGAACUGAGCUUGGACUGUAGGGUUCCUAUCAGCAGUGAGGAAUGCAGGACGAUGAAGGACAAAGGAAUCGGGGAGGGGGAUCCCUCUUUGGACUCAGGUUUGGAAUGGAACAAGUUGAUGUUCUGUUCACUUGCUGCUGUACAUGUGCAUUUUUGUAAAUAAAUUUAAGUGGCCAUUGUCA